UUUUCCUUCCUCUUUCUUUCUCUUUGGCUUCUCAGUGGUGGUUGAGGUAGUGGUAGCCAUGGCAUCUGGUUUGUUUGGUUACCAUGGUGGUGUUGCCAUUGUUGUUGUUCUUGUUGCAUUAAUAUCUUCUUCUUGUGGUGUUAUUAUGGGUAGUGCACAAGGGGUUCAUCAUCUUGUUGGUGGUGGCCAUGGCUGGGAUGCUUCAACCUCUGAUCUUCAAGCUUGGUCAUCUCAAAAAGUCUUCAGAGUUGGAGACAAUAUUUGGUUCGCAUACUCAAGGGAGAAGGACAGCAUUGUGGAGCUAGGGAGCAGGAUGGAGUUCGAGUCAUGCGACAUCAAGAAUCCGAUCAGAAUGUACACAAGUGGGUUUGAUAAAGUGGUCCUUGAAGGGGAAGGGGCAAGGUUCUUUGUGAGCAGCAAAUUUGAUAACUGCAGGAAUGGUCUGAAACUCCAUGUCAAUGUGAUGCCUCAUAAUCAAGAUGACAACAAUAAGGCGAUGGAAAUGCCGAGUUACUUUGCUUCGGCUUUGGCUGCAGGGCCACAGCCCUCUAGCUCUCCUCCUCCCAUUGUUGUUGCUGCUGGUGCUUCACUAUGGGCUUGGAUUGGCAUUGCUGCAUGCUUCAUGGCAUUCUAAAUGUUUUGUUAGAUUUCUUAGUUUUAGUUGCAGUUUGCAUUUCUUUGACUUGGUUUCUAUGUGAACUUUCCUUGCUGUUUCUCAAGCUUUGCAAGGUUUUAUCUUAUGAUAAUAAACGUUUUAGUAUUUAA